AGUUUACCUCACCCGAAGUGGACAAGCCCAGUUGGGUGGGCAUCGUCAUGCUGCAGCAGCUCCUGAUCACCCUGCCCACGGAGGCCAGCACCUGGGUGAAGUUGCGCCAUCCAAAGAAGGCCAAGGAGGGGGCGCCCUUGUGGGAGGACGUGACUAAGAUGUUUGAAGGAGAAGCGCUGCUCUCUCAGGAUGUUGAUGAGACCCAGGAAGAAAGUUUGAAGGAUGAAGUCACGUCUGGGUCCCCAGCAGCAGAAUCCCAGGGACUGUUGACCUUCAAGGACAUAUCUGUGGACUUCACCCAGGAGGAGUGGGGGCAACUGGCCCCUGCUCACCGAAAUCUAUACCGGGAGGUGAUGCUGGAGAACUAUGGGAACCUGGUCUCAGUGGCAGGAUACCAACUUUCCAAACCUAGUGUGAUAUCCCAGUUGGAGAAAGGACAAGAACCAUGGAUGACAGAGAAAGAAGGCCCAGGAGAUUCCAGUUCAGACUUGAAGAAUAAAACAGAAACCAAUGCAUCAACUGCAAAGAAUGACAUCUUACAGGAACAGUUAUAUCAUGGCAUUAUGAUGGAAGGGUUCCUGAGAGAUGAUGUCAUUUAUUCCACACUGAGAAAAGUCUCUAAGUAUGAUGGUGACUUAGAAAGGCACCAGGAAACCCAUGGGAGAGAUGUAAGACAAGCCAUCCUGACCCACAAGAAGAGUGGCCAAGAAACUAACAAAUUUGGGGAAAAUAUUGUCAGUUCAAAUGUUAUUAUAGAGCAGAGGCACCAUAAAUGUGAAACACCUAGAAAGAGGAACAAAUACAAAUUAGACUUGAUUAAUCAUCCGAGUUACAUAAGAACAAAAACCUAUGAAUGUAAUAUAUGUGAAAAAAACUUCAAACAACCCAUUCAUCUUACUGAACACAUGAGAAUUCAUACUGGUGAAAAGCCUUUCAGGUGUAAGGAAUGUGGAAGGGCCUUUAGUCAAAGCGCAUCACUGACUACACACCAGAGGAUCCAUACCGGUGAGAAACCCUUUGAAUGUGAAGAAUGUGGCAAAGCCUUCAGACAUCGCUCAUCUCUUAAUCAGCAUCACAGAACUCACACUGGAGAGAAACCCUACGUAUGCGAUAAAUGUCAGAAAGCUUUCAGCCAGAACAUUAGCUUGAUCCAGCAUCUGAGAACUCAUUCUGGGGAGAAACCCUUUACGUGCAAUGAAUGUGGGAAAACCUUCCGACAAAUUAGACACCUUAGUGAACAUAUAAGAAUUCACACUGGGGAGAAGCCCUAUGCAUGCACUGCGUGUUGUAAAACCUUUAGUCAUAGAGCAUACCUAACACAUCACCAGAGGAUCCAUACUGGGGAGAGACCCUACAAAUGUAAGGAAUGUGGGAAAGCCUUUAGGCAGAGGAUACACCUUAGCAACCACAAAACUGUUCAUACAGGAGUGAAAGCAUAUGAAUGCAACCGCUGUGGAAAAGCCUACCGGCAUGAUUCAUCCUUUAAGAAACAUCAGAGACACCACACUGGAGAAAAACCUUAUGAAUGUAAUGAAUGCGGAAAAGCCUUCAGCUAUAAUUCGUCACUUAGUCGACACCAUGAGAUACACAGGAGGAAUGCCUUUCGAAAUAACAUGUGAAAAUAGAUUAUUCAACAUGAGAACAAAAGCCAGCUCUAGAUCAGUGAUUCUGUUUUUAAAUUCCAGGAUUUUAAAUUUGAGGAAUUGAUAUCAUGAUGCCAGCUUUUAAUCUUGCCCAAUAUGUAAAUAAACAGUGCAUUGAUAACUACUAUCUACUAACACCUCUGUACAAAGUACUCAAGAA